AAAGCAUAGCCAACCUUCGUAAUGACGUCUUGGGCCUACAGCUGCACUUAUGAUUUCUUGUCUGCCUCCUCUUUACCAACACCCCCUCCCCCGGGCCCCACCUCCCUGCCCCUUAGGAAAGGAGCCUAGCGGGGGAACCAAGAGUUUGGAUUGCAAAAUUGAAGAGAGCACUGAACCACCUGCUCUAGAGGACUCCGCUUCAUCCCCCGUCGAUACGCAGCAGCAUGCCUGGCAGGUUUCCACAGACAUUGAGAACACUGAGAGAGACAUGCGAGAAAUGAAAAACCUUUUAAGCAAACUCAGGGAAACUAUGCCUUUACCAUUGAAAAAUCAAGAUGACAGCAGUCUUCUAAAUCUAACUUCCUACCCUUUGGUUAGAAGACGGAAGAGAAGGUUCUUUGGGCUAUGUUGUCUCGUCUCCAGCUAGACAACUCCUCCUGGAAACCCAUCCCAAGGGAGACCUGAAAAAAAAACCACAGACGCCGAGGACUCCAGACAGCUGGACCACAGUUAUUGGUUUCUGACUAUGUUUUCUAUGCUUCCUUUGCUUCCUUAUUACUUCUAUCCGCCUCUCUCUACCCUUUUAAAUGAUUUUACAUUUGAAAGUAGCUGCUGUCAAGGGGAAAAAAAACAACACCACAGAUUCAAAAAGCAGGCUGUUUUUAAAAGGAUUUUUAAAGUCGACAUUGUGCAUGUCUGCUCCAAACCAUACCAUGACAGAUGCAAGAAUUAUGAUUUUUAAAUUAUUUAAAGGUCUUUUAAAAUGGAUUAUACAGAGAAAAAUCAUUUCACGUACACUAGUAACCCUACAGCUCUUGCUGAUCUCAUGUUAACAAUUUAUCUUAUGUGGAAGAAGUCUUUAAACAUAGAAAUCCAUUUAAAACUGCAAAACUGUGUUAAAAUCCAAUCUAUCAAUAUCAUUAGAAACAAUAUAAGCCAACACACCACCUCACCUAUUGCUUUCUCUGCUUUCAUUUACAUUUAGUCUUCCAUUCCGUCAGAAUCUAAGAGCUUCAACAGAAAAAUAUCUUAAUUUAUAAUGCAGCAAAGACCAUCUAUGAAAAGUGUUUAAAUUUUGUAAAUACACAAUAAUCCUAAUACCUUCGUACAAUGCAUAUGGGCAACUAAUUUCCUUUCGAUCCAAUGGUGUCUUUUUCAGCUUCUUGGAGAAUGAAGUAAUCCAGUUAGGAAAUGGUGUAGUAACAUAUACAAUUACCCUCAAAUGUAAAAUUUGAAUAUUAUGACAUUUUGUUCUAAUUGAACUCUGAAGCAUGAAGUCUGCGCAUCAGCAUAGUGUUAACGCUUUAGGGCAUGCUGGAAUUAGCUCCGAUCGUAAAAAAUAUUUAACAUUUUACAUUGUUAAUAAAAUCUUUUCAGUUCAGCUAAGCUUGUCUCAUUUUAGAUGACUAUGCAGAUAUGACUUUUCCAAUGUGUACCAGGUGUCUUAUCUUAUGCAGAUUUCUGAAAGCAGGUACAUGAAGCAAUACUACGUUUUAGAAAGGAGGAAGCCACGUGCUGUUUGUCUGCUCACAGCUUUGCUGUGGUCUUCCUCCACCAAACUUGUAACAUGGUACACGUGUUGUUGUCUUCCCCACUGUUCUUUCUUUGGCCCAUUUCUCAGACAGAAUUUCCCAUAGGUUGGCAGAUCAGGCCUUUGGACUUCUUUUGACCACAGUCUGAAAAAUACUGAAGUCAGACAAGAGGCACCAGUGUCUGGUAUAAUAAAAGGAUGAGCAAGAUGCCUAUAAGCGGUUUAUUAAAAGCGCAUCUUUAAUCCCAACCCUGUAAUUUCUUCCUCCUUAUGAACACAGGCAUUUACAUGUCCACCAAUAUUUUGACCUGAAAACUUUCAUAAGUAUAUUAAAGCCUUUAGCUUUCGUGAAGAUGAAGACCAGGUACAGACAAAUUACUGGAAUAAUUAGUGUAUUAGGCUGAAUUAUAUGCAAUAGCUGGUAUUUGACUGUUUUGACCUGAGAAAUGGCAGUUUCAUAUAGUUCAACAUAAUAUCUAGUGUUGUAGAGAUAAUCUUUGGAUUGUCUUCUAGGUUUUUCAGGUUGAAAGGAUUAAAGUGUUGGAAGAGAUCUCAAAGGCUAUGCAGGUCGCUGUGUGGAUCACACCAGCGGGCUGUUGGCCUUGUUUGUGGAGUCAGAGUUGUGUUCCAAUGAACUGGUAAUGGAUGCAUGAUUAUAGGUAUGCUUGCUUUCAUAUAAAGAAGUACCCUCAAAAAUUACCCAAGAAAAUCACAAUUUUCUAAAUCAAAUACUUGUAAAACAGAACAGUUGUGGGAAUAUGCUAUUUAAAAGACACCUCGGGUGAGUGCUCCCCCGCAAAGCAGGUCACCAUUCCCAGACUGACCUGAUCUGCAAACCCUGGUUUUCAUAAAUGAGGUUUGAUUAAAGCUUAAUGUCCUUUCCUGAAUGUGGUUCAUUUUUAUCCCCUGGUCCAUUGUUUUAGAGAGUAUGAAGCAGCCUAAUUUGGCACGUUCUCUCUCCCGUCUCUGUCCUCUCCCAUCUUUCUACUAUAUUAAACCCUUAGCUUCAUUUCCUACUAAUCCAUGCGCAGUUAUUAACUGAUAACUCUAACCUUGGUGUUCAGCACGUUCUUCUAAAUGCCUGGCCUAAAUCACUUCCGCUUGGUUAAUUUGUGCUCACUCUAGCCUUAGUCUCUUAGUCUCAGCGUAAAAGUAACACUUAACUUCUGUGCAAUUGUGCUUUGUACAACUGAAGACUGUUAAUAAAUUCAGGUCUCACCUCCAUGAUUGGGAGGACCAUAGUAGCAUUUCAUGGAGAUGGGAAUUUGUCUAAUUCCCUAGCUAGGCUUUUCAUACCUAAGGUAAAUAAAUGCAACCACUUUAUCUUCUAUUCAUAGUGCCUGUUUCCCAGCCUUUGAUCAGUUUUGUAGUUCCCUUAGACACACUCCAAGAUUUAUAGAUCUUUUUUCAGUGGCAGGUCCUAAAAAUUAAAUUCAGUCCUCAAAGUCCUGAUAACCUACACUGGCUCAUAGUUGCAACAGGUAAUUCACCGUCUCCCAUUAGAUAUGCCAACGCGUCUCUUUAGGAGCCUGACCCCCUGUCCUCUCCCCACCAAAGGACUUUCUCAGGUGUAGUUCCAUGAGAUAGAGUUCUAAUGUCUCAGCUUCCUGCUGGCAUCUGCUUCCAGAUUAGCAAUAACACUGAGCUGAUCUCUAGGGAUAAGGAGAGAACCUUGAAUCCAUUUUGUUGCAUGUACUCACGUGCUUGAAAAAGAUAAGGAUGUGAGCUUCUUCUGGCACACCAUCUUCCAUAUUUACCGCCAUAUUUUUAAUGCCCAAUGCUGCCUUCUCUUUUUUAUUUUAUGAUUAUGAAGCAUGUUCUUUGCAGGAAAUCUAAAAAAAAUACCACUAAGUAUAAAGAAAAUAAAAACCAUCUAGAUCCCGCCACGGUCACAUUGUUUAAAUCCACAAUUCUAGGCGUUGCAUCAGUCAGUGGAGGGGCCCACAGGCACUUUUGGAUAAGGUUUGUAAAGAAA